CACCAGAUGAACCACCAAAAAUAGUGCAGUGGGUCACACCCUGAAAACAUUAUAAUUCUUCGCACAUCCAAAUUUUUCUGCUUAAUUUGCAAGUCAUCUGAUGGUCUCGUCCGAGAAGAAGCUGGCAAAUGCUAUGGGAGGCAAGACGGCAAGAGCCUGUGAUAAUUGCAUAAGAAAGCGUGCUCGAUGGUAUUGUGCUGCUGAUGAUGUUUUCUUAUGCCAAUUUUGUGAUGCUUUGGUUCACUCAGCGAAUCCAUUGGCUCGUGGUCAUGAAAGGGUUCGUCUGAAAUUAGCUUCUGUAAAGCUAUCUUCCAUGGAGAUUCUACCACCAACAUGGUACCAAGGUUUCACAAAGAAAUCCCGAAGCCCUCGUGGCAAAAACAGCAACAAAUAUGGAUCUCAUCGAAUACCAAAUUCCAACGAAACUCGUUUGAGCUUCAAUUCGAUUCACUUAGUCCCAGAGAUUGGAAGUGAUGAGUUGAUCAAUGCCGUAAAUUCCGACGACCAACUUCCCUAUCAAGUCCCCGUCUCUGACCCCUUUUCAGACGUGCUUUGUUUUUCUGGGGACUUCAACGAGAUGCUGGUGCCUAUUCAAGCUGACACUAUAACUCCUUCAGGCACAAAGCAUGAUGAAUCUGAAGUUCCAUUCGAUAUGAAUAGUUUGAACGGAUUAGUACUUCCAUCAGAUUUGGAGCUAGCCGAGUUUGCAGCUGAUGUGGAGAGCUUAUUAGGAAAGAGUCUUGAUGAAGAAUCAUUCAAUAUUGAAGCACUAGAAAUGGUAGAUUGUAGAUUAAAUGUUGAUUCAGAGAGAGUGAAGGUUGAAGAAGAUCAGUUGCAGUGGGAAGCAGCUGAGAUUGAGAUGAUGAAAGAGCCAUUCCAGUUGAGUUUUGAUUAUGAUUCACCAGUAACAUGGGAGGAGGAAGAUGAUGAGAAGGUGGCAGAAAAUAGAAUGGGCAUGGUGGUGCAAAAGGAGGAUGAAAAAUGUGUAGUUGGUGAUGAUGGUAAUGUGAAUAUUGUUGAUGAUACAGUUAGUAAGAACAGUAGGAAAAUGUUAAAACUAGAUUAUGAAGGAAUCAUUGCUGCUUGGGAUGAUCAGAGAUCUCCAUGGGCCACCGGUGACCGGCCUGAAUUGGACCCCAAUGAUUGUUGGCCCGACUGCAUGCAUUCUGAUGAUUGUGGAGAUAUCGGGAUAAUGAUGAUGAUGGGGAAGCUGACAAGGUUAGAUGGAGGGAGAGAAGCGAGGGUGUCAAGAUAUAGAGAAAAGAGACGAACAAGGUUGUUUUCGAAGAAAAUAAGGUACGAGGUGAGGAAACUGAAUGCAGAAAAGAGACCUAGAAUGAAAGGAAGAUUUGUGAAGAGGGCAAGUUUUGCAGCUGCUACUGCUUCUGGAUUUCCAUUGCUUAGUACAUAGAAUCUGUGUACGUAAUUAAUUAGGCCAUUCUAAUUAAGAAUCAUUUAAUAUAUAUUACCAAAAUUAAGUUCAAUAAUGAGUUGAAGAACGCAAUGCUAUUCUUGCAGUUUGUGUUGAGUACUCGAGUUGUUGUAUCAUAUCGAUUUGUGCUCUCUCUUGGCAUUGAUAUAUGUUGGGGAAUUUGGUUU